CCCAUUCAUGGAGCGCCGGGCAUCAUCGAUCCCUCUUUCUCUUCUUUCUCCGUUUCUCCGAUUUCUUUCUGAAAUUAGAGGCUAUGAUGACCAAAAUCUACCUAUUUUAUGAGAGGGCUAAUCUCCUCUCUGAUUAAGGUACAUUCCAAUGGAUCCUUCUGAGCCUCCGCCGCUUUCUUGAUCUGCUAUUUGUGCGCGCCGGUAAGACUCGGCCCUUAUUCUUACUUCAUUUCUCCGUCCUGUUUCCGAUAUCAGAGGCUGUGAUGCCCAAAAUCUACCUAUUUUAUGAGAAGGCUAAUCUCCUCUCUGAUUAAGGUACAUUCCAAUGGAUCCUUCUGAGCCUUCUCUACUUUCUUAUUUUUCUCCGAUUUGAUCGAGAUAGAUCUGUGCUUCUGGCCGUUGGCGUGAUGAUCCCUUUCUAGGAAUGCAUCACAUGUCGAAUAAAUAAAUCAGACUACAAUUAUCUGAUCAACGGCGACAUCGAUUUUGUUUCCGAUCGCGUCUUUUGUUGCUUCGAAUCGCACUUGUUUUCUUGUUUCGUUUUUGGUUUCUUUUCUCUAAGACAACAAUGCAAGUCUGUGAAAUCGAGUAGUACCUGUGCACGAUAAGCCGAUGCUCCGGACUCCUAAGGGAAGAAGGAAGGUAGCAUGGUAGGGUGCACAGAGAGGAAAGAACGGGUCAUCAUGUCUGCUCUCGUUGACGCCUUCGGGCAUUGAUCCUGCGGGCCUGGAUUCGACCCACAACCAAUCCCAUUCUUGUUUCUUCUCUGUUCUCUUUCUUCUGCUUCUCCUUGUAUUUUUUUGCCAUUCGAUGCAGUUUGCUUCGAAUCAUAUAUCAGACGGCGUAAUGGAAUUGUGAUACGUAGUGCGAGAGCAUGAUUCUGUUCCCACCACAACAAUCAUGCACCUAACAACUAAACCCGCACGUCUUGAACUGGUUCUUCACCUCCUCCGUUAUAUAAUGAAACCAAAAGUGAACCGGUAAUCAUGCUGGACAUCCAUGGAGGAAGCGGGCAAGAAGCACUUCAUCCUCGUGCAUGGGAUCUGCCAAGGCGCAUGGUGCUGGUACAAGCUCAUCACCCUUCUCAGGUCAGCCGGCCAUUUCGUCAUUGCCGUCGACCUCGGCGCCACCGGGGUGGACCCACAGAGGCUCGACGAGCUCAGCUCCAUGGACGACUACGCCCGCCCGCUGUUCCACGCCAUCGCCUCCCUCCCGCCUCACCAGAAGCUGGUCCUCGUCGGCCACAGCUUCGGCGGAGCCAGUGUCUCCCUUGCGAUGGAGAAGUUCCCCGACAAGAUCUCCGUCGCCGUCUUCGUCACCGCCGUCAUGCCGAGCACCACCGUUGCCAUGGCUGCCCUCACGGCCGAGUUCUUCAAGGGGCAUCCACAAGAAGCCUACCUGGAUUCGAAGGUCUCGAUCAGCUCAGAUCCCCAGAACCCUUCGAGCAGGAUAGAGUUCGGCCCCGAGUACAUGUCGAACAGACUGUACCAGCUCAGCCCAGCUGAGGACCUGACGCUGGGGACGCUGCUGGUGAGGCCAGGGAGUUGGUUUUUGGGCGAUCUGCUACGCGAUGGAAUUGUCACGGAGGAGAAGUACGGGUCGGUGAGAAGGGUGUUCAUCGUGUGCAAGGAGGACUUGGCCAUGACCGAGGGCUACCAGCGUUGGAUGAUAGAAGCCAGCCCGGGGGCGGAAGUGGAGGAGAUCGAAGGUGCCGAUCAUAUGGUCAUGCUCUCCAAGCCGGCGGAUCUGUGCAAACUCCUCCUCGAGAUUGCCGCAAGAUAUUGAUGUCAAAGGCACAUACGUGUCGGUGGUGCUAUGUAGUUUCUGGAACAUGAACGAUUAAUAAAAUACAAGUAUUUGCCAUCUAAAAA